GCGGCGGCGGCGCGGGGCGUGUCGGGAAAGCGGCGGGCUGGUGCGAUCCUUGGCGGCGGCAUCGUCUGCGGCAGCGGGAGUCAUGGUGGGUGGCGAUGCCACCUCCGCGGUGGAGAAGCUAGUUUCCGGCGUGCGGCAGGCCGCCGACUUCGCCGAGCAGUUCCGUUCCUACUCGGAGAGUGAGAAGCAAUGGAAAGCGCGCAUGGAGUUCAUCCUGCGCCACCUGCCUGACUACCGAGACCCACCCGACGGCGGCGGCCGCCUGGACCAGCUGCUGUCCUUAUCCAUGGUCUGGGCCAACCACCUCUUCCUGGGUUGCAGUUACAAUAAAGACCUUCUGGACAAGGUGAUGGAAAUGGCUGAUGGGAUUGAAGUGGAAGACCCGCCACAGUUUACAAGCAGAAGUGAACUAAUGAAAAAGCAUCAAAGCUAAGGCAGAUCUCCACAUUUCCACCCUGGGGACAGACUUUGAAAGGAGGCCAGGGUGAAGGUGACUGAACAUUGGCAGCUCUUGAGAUUCCUGGUAUAUGCAGCAUAGAGGCAGCUGGAACAGAAGGGGACAGGGCUCAAGGGCUUCAAAGAAGUCUUCGUUCUUCCAGGACUGCUGUAAAAAUACACGCGCAUAUUUAUGAUUUCAUACAUGGCGGACUCUCAGAAAUUUCAUCAGGGUUGUCAAAGCCAAACUUUGUUUGAAAUGCUUUUUAUGUUGAUAUAACAAUGACAGCUGAUAAAUUUUAUAAUUUGAUUUUUUUUAAGCAGAGUAUCUGUAAAUAUAAUUCUUGUUUCUGCCAUACCCCCACCCAUUUUUAUCCUGAGUCAAGGCAGAUCCUGUGUCACUAUUUCUGAAUACUCUAUACUUGUACCGCACUGUACCGCACUGCUAAUGGCCACCAAAGAACUGUGCACUAACCAACUGUGUCACUGGAGCACCCCCACCGCUGGGCUCAGGGACCUUUGUGUAGGAAGUGGGAAUCAUGUUACAGGCCUGAAGUAGCAGAGCUAGCUCAUAGGUAGGAGGCAAGGUACAAAAACCCAUCCAGCCUAACUUUAAAGCUCACUGAGGGCUAGAGGCGUAGCUUGAUAGAGUCCAUGCGUAGCAUGUUGGGGUCCUGGGUUUGGUCCCUAGUAUUUCAAAGGGGGGAAAAAUAGCUAGUUAGAUUAAAAUUGCUGGAAGUAUAUAUGGCUUUGUUCAGCCAACCAGAUGAUUUCUAGGUACUAGAUGCCUAUGUGCCUGCAUUUUUGUUUCUAGAAGGCUUUCACACUUGAACUAACUGCCUUGCAUAUCGCCUCUGGAUUGCAGUGCAAUCCUGCUUUGCUCUGAGGUGGUGGUGUUGGCAUUCCACCUGACAGCUGACAUACGUGUUCUGAUCCCCCUUCCAGUUCCCUGUAUUUAGUCACCAUUAGAGCUGCGGGCAGCCAUGGGGCAGUGUACCACAGCAGGACUCAUCAGUGGCAGGACCAUUAUGGCCAGAAAGACGGCGGGGUCUGCCUUAGCUUCAUAUACUGGAUACAGGAAAUUGGACACCCAGAAGCUGGGGCCACUGGUGUUUGGCGUCAGAGCAGUGGGACACAUUCUUGUUUGUGGCUUGAGAUAAAGGCCACAUCUUUAUGUGGCUUCAGCUCCAGUCCCCAGUAGCCGUUGAUUUGAUCCCUUGGACAAGCUUCUCCAGGCAAUGAAAGACCGCCUGUCACAGGGAAAUGGCAAGGUGGUGACUGUUGGGAGGGCGGAGCUCUGUGCUCACUGAACUGAAGCCUCAUCUUCUCAGAUGCAGAAGGCUUCAUCCAUUCUAAUCAUCUGUGCAGAUUUGUGAGGCUUAAAAACAAAAUGCACUUUCCAUAGAUUGAUUUUAUUUUCUGUCUGCAACCCCCAAUAAAACAGCUUUUCCAUUGAAUGAA